AUGAAGAGUUUCGGUUCCGUUGCGGCCAAAUCGAACUGUAUUCAGCUUCACCGAUUCGUUCGGCUUGGGGACAAGGCUGACAGUCAGGUUUUCACAUUCAUUGUUCCAUCACAACUCACCCGUGGUUUCGUAAACGCCGCCCAGUCGAAAGAGUUUCCUUAUGGAGGACAGAGUUGGCAACUGCAGCUUUGUCUUCAGCAUGAAGACAGUGCAACAAAAUCAGAGGAAGCACUCACGAACGGCAAAGACACACAGCGUCCGGCUGCACAAAAGGCUCCUCUCAAUAUUGGUCUUAGCCUUUGCGGAGGGCUAGCGGGAAUGAAGUGUCAGCUAGAGAUGAUAAGAUAUACACUGUUAAAUCGCGAGUCAGUCAAUUCUAAUAUAACUCAUGAGGAGCGAGAAGUUACGUUUACUGCCGACGAUUCAACAUGUUGGAAAAUGGCGUGGGUCGGAACUGACCAGCUGGCGACCGAACACUUCCUUUUUGAUGAUUGGACGUGGCUUGUCGAGGUAGAGCUUCAGAAUGCAAGCACCACAUAUGAAGAAUUUCUUACCUUACCCAAGGGUUAUCAAAAAGAUGCAGCUAAUCGAACUGGACUUCGGUUGGAGUCGGCUAGUUUUACCUUUGCUGGUUCCGAUUGGAACGUUAGCCUAACUUGGCCACAGGCGGAUCAAAAGAAACACAGUAUCAGUUCUUUCAUGCGCUCUUCAAGAAGUCCUAGUGAAGCGAAUGCAAGCGCUGCUUGCCCACGAGUAAAGCUUCAGCGUCACAGCCGAACCAACCACUGGUGUCGUGUGCGUUAUAAGGCAACACUCAUUUGGGGUGCAAUGGGUGAGUCAAGUUUUGGGCCCGUAGACCACCUCAUAACAGCUGAUAACGGGGCAACUACGACUGGUUGUGUUAUUGGCGAACCGAAAUGGUUCACAGCAGGUCCCCUUCCAGCAAAGCAGCGGGUUAAGAUAAUCAUUGAGAUGUUAGCAGCAGCGCCUGUCUCCCGAAUUGAUCUGAUCCCAAUAGCCCCUCAAGGAGGAAAGAAUUUUGCCCGGUGUAAGGACCCUGAUGGCCACGACUGGGUUGUUUUGAGUGACAUUCUUGGCACCUUAGUGCGCCUUCGUUUCUUCCCAGUCGUCGAGGUUCAUUACCACGAAAAUGGAGCCGCUACCAGUGGAGCUGGGGGCUUCACAAAAGAAGGUUCAUCGUCUCAGAUUCCUGACAAACCUUGUGAGCUGCGGUGCGUGGCAUGGAAUGUGCAUCUCAUUCCCCACGAGACGUCUCGGGGGGUGGUGAAGGCACUCAACUCCCCUUACGUGAGCUACGUGCCAACAUUUCGAUGUUCCGUCAGUGCUUCUAGGGGUGGACGCAGGGAUUCAUCUGAGCUUUCAAGAGAUACUCAACAGAUGAUGAUCCAUCCAGAUGAGGUAACUGAAGUUGCCUUAGAUCUUCCUGUUGAAAAGGUCAUUGACACGUCCUCCGGAUACAUCCGACCCAACGAUAAUGCAAUGACAAUUCGAAUAGAGUGGUUGCAAUCUCAACGCCUGUAUCAGAGUAAUUACAAUGUGUACGACGAUCUGGUUCAUACUCAGAAGAAACAAUUGGCGAGGGAAUUGCGUGCUCUCCAGUUGGAAAAUUACUCUCUUGAGAAGCAGCUCUUAAUGAGUAAUGUUCCUAGCUCUGUUGAGUUAAAUGUGCCAGAGCCUCGUGUCUCGACUCUCUCACAAUCCAUGAAGCAGCUCAAUGAUUCUUCACCUCCUUCCUCUCCAGAACUUUCUCUGGCUCCCCGAAAAUCCAUGUCGAAGCUCACUUCUUCCCCUGUGGCCGUGAGUCGACGUCUUCCGGAAGCAACUUAUCGCACAUCUCCAUCAAAUGGUGGCUUUCUUUCGACAAAAAGCAUCACCACUGCAGAAAUCCGGCGUCAUAGUUCAUCGUUCGCUGGGGCGAUCGAAUCUCAAGGUCGUCCACGCCGGUCGCUUCCAAGUCCAGGAGUUCCCAGUACCGGCGGCAGCAGUUGUGGUGGUGGUAGCGGCGGCGGCGGUAGUGGUUCAAAUUGGCGGAGCCAGAAGAGGUGCCUAGCAGGGGAUGAUGGGUUUUCAGAGGGUUACAAGAGUCGAGACGACAGUCCGGUGCAGCACUUACUUCAAGUGGGGGUAAAUGGAAGCAGUAGUGAAAAUCUGAGCAAUAUGAGUUCCCCUACAUGGAGACACCAGUUUAAAACCUCUAGCGGGUAUCAAAAGCCCUCGCGACCGCAUACUGCGACGUCUGCAACAUCUUUGGCACAACAAUCGCAUCGGGACCACCAGCGGCCACUGACUCCCACGUUGGUUUUCAGUCUCUCCUCUGAGGAUAAUUUUUCUGGUGGUGGGGCGCUGUGA